AGACUAGAUUAGUUCAUGGGCUCAUGGAGAGAUUGGAGCAGUCGGGGAGAAUGACAUCACUCAACAAGGCCACGAUGACCCCGAAAUGAGCCCCGGACACGCAACCUGCCAGACCAGCCAACCUGACCAAGUCUUUACUGAACUGAAGGAGCUGAGAGAGAUGGUGGUGGAACAGAGAGUGGAGCUGAGGAACAUGAUGGUGGAACAGAAAGUGGAGCUGAGGAACAUGGUGGUGGAACAGAGAAUGGAGCUGAGGAACAUGGUGGUGGAACAGAGAGUGGAGCUGAAGAACAUGGGGGCCAGAGUGACAGCUAGUGACAGCCAGGUGAAGGAGCUGAAAGGAGAGGUGGUGAACCAGAGAGUGGAGCUGAGUCACUAAGACUGAACUGGACAAGAACAAGGUGGAGCCAAUGCAGGCCAAGCAGCAGAACUGUCAGCCAUGCAGGCCAGGGACAGAGAGUGAGAGUGAGAACUCAGUUGAAUCAGCAAUGCAGCUGAGGAACAUGGUGGUGGAACAGAGAAUGGAGCUGAGGAACAUGGUGGUGGAACAGAGAGUGGAGCUGAAGAACAUGGGGGCCAGAGUGACAGCUAGUGACAGCCAGGUGAAGGAGCUGAAAGGAGAGGUGGUGAACCAGAGAGUGGAGCUGAGUCACUAAGACUGAACUGGACAAGAACAAGGUGGAGCCAAUGCAGCCCAGGAGGCCAGACUGAGUGCCAGUGAGAGAGGUGGAGGAGCUGAAGAAGGAGAAUGCAGACAGGCAAAAAAGUGGCAUUCUAUGCUGCUUUGACUGACUCUGGGAGGAUAGGACCCUUUAAUGCUGACAUCCCACUGGUCUACAGUAAAGUCUUCCCCAAAAAAUCAGAAAGGCCUACAACUCACUUACAGAUGAAUGCUCUGGUAGCUCUCUGUCAUUUCUGUGAGCUCCAUGGCCCCCGGACCCUGUUCUGCACUGAGGCUCUGCACCCCCCGUCCCCCACACCCUCCCAGGCUGGCGCCCCCAUACCCGGGGACAGAGAGUCGGACAGAGAGGGGGAGGGACUCACCAUGAGGGCAAACAGCUCAGCUACACAGAGAGGAGACAUGUGCGAUGGCUGCCGGUCUCUUCCAGCGUCUCACCCUGGCUUCGUCAGUGUGGACAGUGAGACAGGCAUCCGGUUCCUCAGCCACCAACAACCCAGACAACCCCAGCUCUUCAGUGUGGUCCGCCAGGCUUGCGUACGCAGCCUCAGCUGUGAGGUGUGUCCAGGUCGUGAGGGUCCUAUCUUCUUUGGAGAUGAGCAGCAUGGUUUUGUGUUCUCUCACACGUUCUUCAUCAAGGACAGCCUGGCCCGGGGCUUUCAGCGGUGGUACAGUAUCGUCAUGGUAGCCAUGGACAGGAUCUACCUCAUCAACUCCUGGCCCUUCCUGCUGCUCCACCUCAGACUCACGAUACAGAGUCUACAGAGCACAGCACUGAAGGUGUUUGACAGUGAGCAGUGUGUGUGUCCUCCGAGGGCGGUGAGGAUGAACAGCGUGUUCUCUCCUGCUGUCUUCUCCCACCAGAGGAGUGGUAACGCAGCCCGCUCCCUGCCCUCCCUCACCCAGCACACCAACCUCUGGGCCAGCCUACACUCCUCCUUCAGCUGGUUACUGAAGGCCUGUGGUAGUCGUCUGACAGAGAAGCUGUUGGAGGGAGCUCCCACAGAGGACACACUGCUUCUUAUAGAGAGACAGACAGAGCAAGAGGAGGAAAUGAGUUGCUGGGAAGGAGCAGAAGGGGGCGGGUCUAGACCCCAGUGCCACCAAUCGGAGAGCGAGCUGUACAGAGACUUCUUGUUUGACGAGGGGAAAGCAGAGGGGUAUCCUGGUCCAAAGUUAAGGUCCUUGAGACAUUUAAGACAGGUGCUCGGGACCACUGAUUUCCGCCAGCUAGCAUGGCACGUGCUCAUGGGAAAUCAGGUCAUAUUGAGAGGGGCUGACCCAGGGCUCAUCCAUUCAGCAUUCACCAUGCUGAAGGCCUUGCUCCCGGUGGGCUGUGUCCGCUCUGUGACGUACAGCGCCCAGUAUGAGGAAGCAUACCGAUGUAACUUCCUGGGCCUCAGCCCUGACGUGCCCAUCCCCACACACGUCAGCUCCUCAGAGUUCUCAGUGUUGGUGGAUGUGGUCAGUCUGGAGAGGGGCUCUCUGUACUCUGCUGCUUGUGGUGAAGACAUCCUCUCACUCUAUCAGUUCAACAUCAGCAGUACCAACUCACAGCCUACAGAUAAAGGUCCCACGUUGUUGAAUAAGAUCGAGGUUGCGUUGUCCAAUGAGAACCUGUCAGUGGACGUGGUCUCUCACUGUCUGCUGUGUCUGAAGGAGGAGUGGAUGAAUAAAGUGAAGGUGCUGUUUAAGUUCUCCAAGGUAGAUGGGCGUGGUAGGGAGGACACCCAGAAGGUGUUGGCCCUGCUGGGUGCCACGGGGCCUGGGGAGGAGGACAACGUCAGGCUGCUCAAGUUCUGGAUGACAGGACUCAGCAAGACCUACAAGAGCCAUCUGAUGACCGCUGUCAGAGGAGGGGAGAGGCCCCUUAGCCAGUGAGAGAGCAGUGGAGGAGAAGAUGGGAGGUAGCGGGAGAGAACAUACAGCUGGAGUGAAAUAUACUGUAUCUCAGUAUAGGAGGCUGGUGGGAGGAGGUAUAGGAGGGUGGGCUCAUUGUAAUGGCUGGAAUGGAUUAAAUGGAACGGAGUCAAAUGUGAUUUCCAGAUGUUUGUGUUUGACACCGUUCCAUUUAUACCUUUCCAGCCAUGACAAUGAGCCCUUGCUAUAGCUCCUCCCACCAGCCUCCUCUGCGUGUAUCUACUACUGUAUUUGGACAGACAGAGAGAAAGGGAAAGAAAACGAGUGUGAAUGAGUGAGUAAUGACAGAUAGACUGACUGAGGGAUAGGUUUGUGUCCAGGUGCUGACUUGAUUUAAAACCCAUCCUUCACCAUAAAGAACAAAAAUCCACU